AGCCGCCUCGCCGCGGACGCCAAGACCGCGCGCCAGCCAGCCCUCCCGGCAUCCGGCUGCAGCAGCUCCGAGCCGCACGUGCGUGCGGCCAUGGCGUCGACGCGCCGGAGGCACGCGGGGGCGGCGGCGGCGGAGUGGGCGGCGGUGUCCGGUGCGGGCGCGUGGCGCGUCGAGGCGGUCGGCAAGCUCCAGCUGAUGCGGCGGACGGGGCUCCCCGCGCGCGACCUCCGCGCGCUGGACCCGGCGCUGUCCUACCCGUCCAGCAUCAUGGGCCGGGACCGCGCCGUCGUCGUCAACCUGGAGUGCGUCCGCGCCGUCAUCACCGCCACCGAGGUGCUCGUCCCGGGCCCGCGGGACCCCGCCGUCGCGCCGCUCGUCCGCGAGCUCCGCGCGCGCCUGAUCGCCGCCCCCGCCUCGCCCGCGCCGUCGCAGGUCUCACUUCCGCCCAUGCCCACACCUCCGAUCCGAUCCUCGGCGGCGGAUCACGGCGGAGCGUUGCCGCCGGCAGCCGGAGUGGGCGGCGAAGGCAAGGACGCCCAAGCAUUGGGACGCGAGUCCAAGGCCCUGCCGUUCGAGUUCAGGGCGCUCGAGGUGUGCCUCGAGUUCGCGUGCAAGUCGCUUGAACAAGAGACUCGUACAUUGGAGGAGGAGGCGUACCCGGCUUUGGACGAGCUGAGCUCCAACGUCAGCACUCUCAACCUCGAGCGCGUGAGGCAGAUAAAGAGCCGAUUGGUUGCGAUUUCUGGGAGAGUUCAGAAGGUCAGGGAUGAACUCGAACACUUGCUAGACGACGACGUGGACAUGGCCGCCAUGCACCUGUCGGAGAAGCUCGCCUACCAAGCCGCUGAUGGCAACUCCUCGAGAUCCAACGUCGACAUCGAGCCGAGCGAGUUCGAGGAAGACAGGGACGGCGGAGAGGUCGAAGAGGAGGGAGGGGGAUCAUCCGAGGGCCGCGGCUAUGGCAACGGGACCUCCGCCACCGUCUUCACGCCCAAGAUCGACGAGCUGGAGAUCCUCCUGGAGGCCUACUUCGUGCAGAUCGACGGCACCCUGAACAAGCUCUCCACUCUGCGCGAGUACGUGGACGACACGGAGGACUACAUCAACAUCAUGCUGGACGACAAGCAGAACCAGCUGCUGCAGAUGGGGAUCAUGCUGUCCACGGGCACGCUGGUGGUCAGCUGCGCCAUCGCGGCCACGGGCGUCUUCGGCAUGAACAUCACCAUCCCGCUCUACACGGGGGCCACCAAGGGGGUUUUCUGGCAGGUCACUUGCGGCAUCGUCGGCGCCGCCGCCGCGGUCUACCUCGUCGCGCUGCUCUGCUACAGGAGGAGCGGCAUACUGCAGUGACACUACUGGAGCAUGGAACGGGCUUGGAUUAGACGUGCAGAUGAAUGCACAAGUGGGGGAAUAUAUAUGAGAGGGGAAGAGGCGCCGAAGUGUUUUAAAUAAGCCACUGCAUUUGGAUCUCUCCUGCUUGAGAAAACUCC